AUGAUUGAUGUUCACUGCUGUGACCACGAGCAAUGCGCUUCUUCUGUAAUCGAUCUCUCCACUCCUGACACUCUCCAGAGAGACUUCAAUAACUGGCUCAACGUGAGUUACCGUAAAAACUGUAACAGAAGGGAACCGAGACGAUGUGGUUCGUCUCCCAGUAGACAACUUUUCGAAAUCUCUACUGACAGCUGAAAUACAUUGCCUUGAAUGAAUAGGAGUGCUCUUCUAUUACAGUUUUUACGGUAUCUGCAUCGAGCAUCCAUUCACCGAUCCUUCUGUUUUCAGGGAAUCGAAGUUCCCACUUCCUAUGAAUCCCAACCAAAUGAAUCCUCCCCUGCUCAUUAUGAAUCCGGCUCCAAAACGUCGUCUCCUUCGUUGCCCUCCAUUUCGAACACUUCCUCUUCGGAUGGACGGAAAAGCAGAAAGAAAGGUAGGCUCUCUUGCUGUUUUCUUUGAUUCCAAUCGAGUCAGGCACUAAUUUGUACGGCCGACCGUACUGUCCCGGUCGGCCGUUAUCGAUGGAAGAGAGAACUCGGAUCAUCCAGUUGCACAACAGUGGAAUGAAGGUGAGCGCGGAGGGAAGGGGGAGGCGUGCCAGCGGAUCUUCUUGCAGGUCAACGCCAUCUCGAAGUCGCUCUGCAUUUCUCAUGGAUGCGUUAGCAAAAUCAUCAGUAGGUAUGUCACAGCUAAAUGAACUACAAUCUAUUCCACCGUGUUGUGUUUUACUCAACGUAGAGUAUCAGAAAUCGUAGAAGAAUAGAGUACGGCCAUUCAUUUACAAUCCCUCCACACCAAACUUCACAACAUGAAGGUCAAAAUGGUCUUGCUAGUUUGGAGUUUAUGUACGAUGUACUACAUGUCUGAAGUACUUCUUCUUCUUCUUUAGAUUUCGAGCAACCGGGGUGCUUCUUCCCGCGUGUUCCCCAGAGCAGAGGAAGUCGAGAAAGCGGAAAUCGUCGAUGGAAGCAUCCUCGAUGGAGCAGGGUUUCAUUCCCGUCUUCGUGUCGGUACGUAAUCUGGUUAGUCCGAGAAUAUCUACCGUAAUCCUUUUCAGAUGCACGACGCCAACGGAAAUGAGUAUCUCAGCGAGUACUACAGCCUUCCGGUGAGCAGCAACGACGGAGUUGGCUAUGAUUACACCGUGUCACUGUGA